AUAGUUGAUGUUUGGUGACGGAGGCUAUUUUACGGUUAACGUAUUCUACGCUUGAGUACGGUAGAAUUUGUUAGGUUAAUAAAAAUAGUAGUGCAAUACUGUACUUUGCAGCGCAGACCUUACAUUUUACAUUUGAGUUUAUUUAGGUGUUCUUAAACUUAAGUGCAAUGGAAAUCAGUCCUGGUGAAGAAAAGCAAAUGGCAUAUCCUGAUUUAUCAGAGGAGUUUUAUGAUACAUCAAAAGAAAUAAAGGGAGAUGCCACAACUCCAGACAGUGGGAUCCAUGAUUUUUCCAACAUGGAUCCUAACCAAAGAACAUUGUUAGAACAGGAUUUAGCAAAGACAGAGGAAGAAAUUACCACUCUGCGACAUGUGUUGGCUGCCAAAAUUAGGAAAGCCCAAGAACUGAAACAGAUGCUUGGAAUAUCUGUCUGGAAAGAGUUUAAGGAUGACAUAGGCCAGAAUAUAAAAAAUAUCCAAGAGACACCAGUGUAUAAAGGGAUCAGUUCCAAGCUGAGUGAAUGGAACACAGCGAUCACCAGAGCUCCCAUCUACCAAAGGACUAGUCAUACAUUAAAAGCAGCUGGAGAAAAAAGCACUAUUGCAUUAGGCAACUUUGGAGCAAGCAUGACUAAGAAACUUGGAGAGGUUAAGAAUUCCCAGACAUUUAGAUCAUUUGAAGAAAAAGUUGGUACUGCUUAUGAAAAUGUUAAGAGCAAGCUGUCUAAUUCACGCAGUAGCAGUACCCACAGCUUCAUAGAAACUGCAAGAUCAAGUGGUACCACCCCAGUUACUUCUCCAGUCAUCCCUGAGGAGAAACCAUUGUUGUAAACUUGCCAAAAGGCUCAGCCCAUAAGGCCAAACUAACUUAGCUAUUAACUUGGCUUGUGAAAGUGGAGCAGUAUUUUCUUUUUAUGUAAAUAGCACAUAUUGUGACCAAUUAGUUUCUGAGGUUUACACUAUUUUGAAAUGGGAUAGUUUUAUUUUUUUUCCUAAAUUAAUAAACUUUCAAAAUAUUUAAUAUUUAUCCAAAUCAUAUAAUUAAAUGUUAAAAGUUUUUAAAGCAAGGUUUUUCAUAACACCUAGUUCUUAAUUUUAUUUUAUUUUUACACCUCUUUUUCUACCAUGGUGUUUCUGUCUACAUAACAUUUUUGUUUUGGCUAUUAAUCACAUUAAAUUUAAGCUACUGCAAAAAAAAAAAUAAGAUAUUGAAUUUAACUUUUUACUGAUGUAUAUCAUUAUGAUGUUAUUAAUAAUUAUAAAAAUAUCCAGAAACAUCCAAUUAGCCCUUAAAAUCAAACUUAAUAUACUACAAUUUUGUUUAUUUUAUAUUUAUAAAUAAGACUUUUUGCAUUUCUCACAAGGCUGAAAACAAAGUUGCGAUAUUUCUUUUCACAAGGAACUUAUGUGCUAGUUUAAAUUACUUUAUCACUUAGUCACUAAAACAAGCAUUUUUUAUCACAUAUUUUGGCACUUUAUUGCUCUCUGUCCUUUUCCUGAAUUCUAAAGAGUUAACAUUUAUUCUAGAUUACUGUUGACAUCAGUUUUAUAACUAUUAAUUUUCACACAAGUUCUGGAAUGGCAAGACCAGAUUUCAAAUAGCUUUUAUAAUAAUAAUAAUAAUUGAAACUUUAAGUGUGUAUGAUCUCCAUAAAGAAAGAGUUGUAAAAGCAUUGCUGGUUUUGAAAUUUUCUAAGAUUUAUUUUAGUAGCCACAAUGCAUUGAAAUAUAAUUAACUGUUUAAUAGUACACUUUGUUUUUGCAUUCCUUCUCAUACAACUAAAUUUUACUAAUUUUCAAAAGAUAAAAUGAGACUAUUAAUUUUCCUCUUAGAACUUCACAAAAUCAGGUCCAAUGAGGAAAGAUUUUUUUGUUAUUUUUUUUUAAGAUUACUGUAUAAGGUGCUUGUAGUGAUGUUAAGUAACAGCAUACUUAGGAAAGUAAUUUUUAACAUUUAAAGAAUUAAUACAUUCACAGGCUUUGUCUAAGCGAAUUCAUGAUUUAAAUCUUCGUACUUUCAAUAUUUCUGAAACUUGAACUUCUAACAAACCUGGGAACAGUGUUCGAGGUCUCCUAGCUGAGUUCAUUUGAACUAAAGUAUUUUUUGUUAUGUAUUAUAAGAUUAGAUGAGUUUCAGGAAUUAUUUAGUAUUUAUAACAUAGUUUCAAAAUUUUAAUUAAUUUUUUUUUACUUAUAAAGGUUAACUUAAAAAUAAUUUCAAUUGUAAUUGCUAGAUGAUCUAAAAUAUUUUUAUAUUUUGGUUUAAAGUGUCAUUAAACACAUUCUCACUUUCUUGAGAAGGUUCUACUUUUUAAAGGAUUGGCAGAUAAUCUACAUGAAUUUGAAUAUAUAUUUAUCUUCUUGGCUUUAUUUAUACUGACAUGUACUAGAUUUAAAUGUAUAUAUUGCUUAUCUAUGUUGAAGAAAGAUAUCUGGAAUAUAGUUUGAAAAAAAAUGUUACUGAUAACAACAAAAAAUAAAUGUCAAACCUUAAACACCUUUUGUAACAAUUAAGAUUAAAAUACCUUGUUCAAUUAUUGUUAAUUUAGCUGAAAUUUAAAACUAAAUCCUUUUUUGUACAUACAAAUUAAUACAAACUUAGCGAGAAUCAAAUCAAAUAUUUAAUAUGUGUUGUAAAAAAAUUUGCUUUGUGAUUAUGUAGUUUAUGUUAUAUUUGUAAUUGUGUUUAUAGUACAUUUAUUUUAAUAUGAAGCUUUAAUAUACUUAGAAUGUUGCAUACUUUCAUUUAUAAUCUACUACUAAGGCAAGUUAAACUAAACGUGUGCAGAGAUUUUAAAUAAGAUUUUGUUAUAACUUUAGAAAGGAUGAUAUUGAUAAAGAAGGAAAAGUAUAUAAAUGUUCUUUUUGGAGUUGGAUUUAAGAUACUUCAUUUAAAGAUGAGUUAUUGAAUAAACACAUCACUUAAUUAUUCCUAUUAA